CCGGUUUGUGUGUUUUUUUUGUAAACACAAGGCAACAUAAAACCAGACACAGAAACAAACACCUCUCUGAGACGGUUAAACUCUUUGUCACUAAUCUUUUUACCAGCCACCGUGAAGCUCAACGUUGAACCUUUAUUACACCAAAGAGAGCCACGUCGCUCCUCUCACCGUUUCUCCGCUAAUCUCUUCACGGAAUGACAACAAACUAUCAGCUAACAGCUAAGCUAACGUCAAGCCAACUCGUUCUCAUCAUCCGUUAGCUCGUGAGCUCCAGUUGACGCUUCGCUGAGUGUCCGUCAGCCUCGCGGUGAAGUGGACUCUCUCAUGGUGGUCUCGGCUCGAUGGGGAACUGUCUGUUUUCACAAGGAGCGGACGACCUGUCGCUGCUGAACGAGUCCGAGGGGGGCAGUCUGCCCGGAGAGCCUCCGCCGCCCUACCAGGAGCGCCACCAGCCUAUGCCAGUAUACCAUCCCACUCCAGGGGAGAGUCGUCUGGCUUACCAGCUGACAGAGGAGGAGCAGAUCCGCAUUGCCCAGCGAAUCGGUCUCAUCCAUCACCUGCCCAAAGGCAUGUUCGACCCGGGCUCUGAUCCCACUGAUAAGAAAGUUAAAGAGUGUGUGAUCUGCAUGAUGGAUUUUGAGUAUGGCGAUCCCAUUCGGUUCUUGCCCUGCCUUCACAUCUACCACGUGGAUUGCAUUGACCCCUGGCUGAUGCGCUCCUUCACCUGCCCCUCCUGCAUGGAGCCGGUAGACGCAGCCCUGCUGUCCUCUUAUGAAACCAACUGAGCAGCCCCAUGACGGCUGCUCCUGCCUAAAAGUAACUGCACCUUUUUAGCCGAAACUGUCCUAGCUGUUCAGACAGGUAGCCAAGGUGAUGAGGCAUUAUGCAGAUGUUUGGAGGUUGUUUUAGGAUGCAGACAGGUGUUGAAAACUGUGCCCUACAGUACGUUGCUAAAGUCUGAUAUGCACCUGUUUGGAAACUCAUUUGCCUUUUAAAGUAGGACAACGUGCCAAAUCGAGCUAGAUGAAGAAUAUGGAAAGCUGUACACGUAGCAAAAUAUUACUGCAAAGUAAUUUCACUUUUGUACGACUGACAGUUUAUUUUAAUUUGUGAUUUUAGAUGCAUGUCACCGAUGUAAUUUACUUCCCCUUUCUAUACGUAAUGUGCAAUAUGUUAACAUCAAUAGAGAAAAUGCAGGAAAUUUGUCUUGGUCAAGUGAAGUUACUGUGUUUUUCAAACGAACAUGUGGCCUUGAAUGUCACAAAAAACACAGGCCUCUCUACUGAUAUGCAAUCAUCAAAACCCAGAAAAAUAAGUUUUUCUGAACAAAGUUAUACUAUGAGGUCCCACGACCAUUCAUGAGAUAGAAUGGUGACAUUUUUAGAUAGAAGAUAUUCAAGGAUUGAAUCUAUUUUAUUUCACUAGGGUUGUCGGUACUGUAGUUUUUCCUUUGAAGCUGCUUUUAUAAAUAUGGAUCUGAUUUUUUUUUUUUUUUUUUGCCUUCCCACAAUAUGUAUCCCCCUCCUUUGCUUUGCCUUGAGUUUGUGCUCUCUGUUUUGUUUUAAAAAUCAGUCCUUAGUGUGUCCUUUUCAUUGUUUACUGUCAGUAACAUUUACAAAGACAAGAUAUGCUGUGCAAUCCCCCUUAAAGCACCUUGGGCUACCCCUCAUCUGGCACUCUGUAGCUUGUAGAUUUCAUAGAUGAUUGUGUGUUUUGAUAUGUGUGUGUGUUUCUUGAGGAUGUGGUGGGUAAAGAUUGGCAUGUCGAGGUAACAUGUUGAAUUAACCAUGUCAGUUGUAAACCUGGUUGUAGUUCCCUCGCUUUUUCUAGUUUGAAGCUGUUGGGUUUUGUUUUGUGUUGAUGGCCUUCUUACAGCAAGUGAUGCAUUUCCAGAGCUCCUGGGUCUGCUCUUUUUGGAAUUAGACGUGUACUCUCUGAUACUGACGGCGUAAUGUUUAGCACAAACAAGUAAAAUGCUGAAAGAGAGUAAGCUACAGCAGUAGAAAGGAAUGUGUCUUGAAUGUUAAGCAUUAUUUCAGCUUUUAAAGAUUUGGACAUUAUACGUGACAAUAAGAGGACAUUUCUGAUUUACUCAGGCUGCUGUGCCUUUUAAGGUUGAGGUAAGCCAAUUCCUGUGAAGUACAAUCAUUUCUGAAAGGACUUUUGUUUUUCUUUUAGUUGUCCUCUAAGGGGAAACAGACACCAGCACUGUACUGAUUUGUGUCACUAUGAAUUAGGCCAGAAAUUAAGCCAGAUGUUUGCUCUGGCUACUGUUAACAAUCAGUUUUGAUUUAUGUUGUGUGCCACCAGUGCGCAGAUUUUAGGAAAAUCGUAAAACCACAAAUAAAGUGGAUACCAAAUUUUACACAAGAA